UGCCUGUACCGAGUCGCUGCGCUAGCUCGCGGUACAGAGCUAAUUUGGUCGCUAGCUGGCUAGCGGAGUUAAUUUUCGGCACAACUGCUGAAAUUACACAAUUUGUGACAUAAAAAAGCGCUCUAUUGUUUUUAUGUGCACAUUUACCCGCAAUUUAUUUGUAAACAAAGUGUUUGGUGCUUAUGCAAUACGGUACUGGAACUCCCGAGGCAAGAUGGAGGACGCAAGGACGUGAUGUUUUUUUUAGGUCACAUGCAACCUCCCCCGUCUCAUUUUUUGAGAAUAAUCUUAAGUCAGUUGUAAAGUUGACGUUAACCAGAAGAUGUUACAGAAAUGAUAGCAGCACCAGAGAUACCACCAGAGUUCGCCUACCCUCAGGACACAGAUACCAGAUUCUCCUCAGACACAGACUUCUCUGAGGAUCCUGAUGGAAGAAGUGGAACUACAGCUAAAGGAAAGGGUGGGAAGAAAGGGAAGAAGGCGGCAGGGGAGAAAGGCAAAGGUGGAAAGGGAGCAGGCCGCAUAAAUGGCCACCAUCAGGAGAAUGGCAUGGAAAACAUGAUGCUGUUCGAGGUGGUGAAAGUGGGCAGGAGUGCAAUGCAGUCUGUUGUUGAUGAGUGGAUUGAGUCCUACAAACAUGACAGAGAUGUUGCACUGCUAGAUCUCAUCAAUUUCUUCAUCCAGUGCUCAGGAUGUAAAGGCGUGGUGACUGGAGAAAUGUUUCGCAAUAUGCAGAACUCUGAGAUCAUUCGACGAAUGACAGAGGAAUUUGAUGAGGACAGCGGCGACUAUCCUCUCACCAUAGCCGGGCCCCAGUGGAAAAAGUUCAAAACAAGCUUUUGUGAAUUCAUUUCUGUGCUAGUGCGUCAGUGUCAAUACAGUAUCAUCUAUGAUGAGUACAUGAUGGACACGGUCAUCUCCCUCCUCACUGGACUAUCAGAUUCCCAAGUCCGAGCCUUCAGACACACCUCAACGCUGGCAGCCAUGAAGCUGAUGACAGCCCUGGUGAAUGUAGCUCUAAACCUGAGCAUUAACAUGGACAACACCCAGCGCCAGUAUGAAGCAGAGAGGAAUAAAAUGGUUGCUAAAAGAGCAAACGACAGGCUGGAGCUCCUCCUUCAAAAGCGUAAAGAGCUCCAAGAAAAUCAGGACGAAAUCGAGAACAUGAUGAAUGCAAUUUUCAAAGGCGUGUUCGUUCAUCGAUAUCGAGACUCGAUAGCAGAAAUCAGGGCCAUCUGCAUAGAGGAGAUCGGUGUGUGGAUGAAACUGUACAGCGAUGCCUUCCUCAACGACAGCUAUCUGAAGUACGUGGGAUGGACGAUGCAUGAUAAGCAAGGGGAGGUACGUCUGAAGUGUCUGACAGCCCUGCAGGGCCUCUACCACAACAGAGAGCUCAAUGCAAGACUGGAGCUCUUCACCAGCCGCUUUAAGGAUCGGAUCGUCUCCAUGACUCUUGAUAAGGAAUAUGAUGUUGCAGUACAAGCGAUUAAACUGCUCACACUAGUCUUAAAUAGUACGGAUGAGGUCUUGACGCCCGAGGACUGCGAGAGCGUCUACCACCUGGUCUACUCGGCACACAGGCCGGUUGCAGUGGCAGCUGGAGAAUUCCUCUACAAGAAAUUGUUCAGUCAGCGAGAACCAGAGGAGGAGGGCGCCCCGAAAAGAAGAGGCCGGCAAAGCCCCAACGCCAACCUCAUUAAGACCACUGUCUUUUUCUUYCUGGAGAGCGAGCUCCAUGAGCACGCGGCUUACCUGGUGGACUCCCUCUGGGAAUGUGGUGCAGAGCUACUGAAAGACUGGGAGUGUAUGAUCAGCUUACUGCUGGACGACCCCAUGCCAGGAGAAGAAGCUCUUACAGAUAGACAAGAAACAGCUUUGAUUGAAAUCAUGCUGUGCACUGUGCGUCAGGCUGCUGAAUGCCAUCCACCUGUUGGAAGAGGAACAGGCAAGAGGGUAAUGACGGCGAAAGAGAAGAAAACCCAGCUGGACGAUCGGACACGAAUAACGGAGCUGUUUGCCGUGGCUUUGCCGCCUCUACUGGCCAAGUACGCUGUCGACGCAGAGAAGGUGACUAACUUGUUACAGCUGCCUCAGUACUUUGACCUGGAGAUUUACACCACAGGACGUCUGGAGAAGCACCUGGAGGCCCUGCUGCGUCAGAUCAAGGAAAUAGUGGAGAAGCACACAGACACUGAAGUUUUGGAGUCGUGCUCCAAGACGUACCACGCCCUCUGCAACGAGGAGUUCACAAUUUUCAACAGGGUCGACAUCGCUCGCUCGCAGCUCCUGGACGAGCUGGUGGACAAGUUCAGCCGGCUACUGGAGGACUUUCUACAAGAGGGUGAAGACGCGGAUGAAGAUGAUGCUUAUCAGGUUUUGUCGACUCUAAAGAGGAUCACUGCGUUYCACAAUGCACACGACCUGUCAGGGUGGGACCUCUUCACAAGCAACUUCAAGCUGCUCAACACGGGUAUAGAGAAUGGAGACAUGCCUGAGCAGAUAGUCAUCCAUUCGCUGCAGUGUACCCACUAUGUCAUUCUGUGGCAGCUGGCUAAGUUGUCCGAGGGCAGUUCAAGAAAGGACGACAUGGUCAACCUGAGGAAGCAGAUGAGGGCUUUUUGCAUGAUGUGCCAGCGCUACCUCACCAACGUCAACACGGCCGUCAAAGAACAGGCKUUCACCAUCCUGUGUGACCUUCUGCUCAUCUUCAGCCAUCAGAUGGUCUCGGGAGGCCGGGAACACCUGGAGCCUUUGGUUUAUUCGCCAGAGGACUCCUUACAGUCGGAGCUGCUGUCUUUCAUCCUGAACCACGUCUUCAUCGACCAGGACGACGACACCAACAGCACAGAUGGCCAGCAGGACGACGAGGCGGUAAAGAUCGAAGCUCUGCACAAGAGGAGGAACCUCCUGGCUGCCUAUUGUAAGCUCAUCAUCUACUGCGUGGUAGAAAUGAGGACUGGAGCGGACAUCUUCAAGCAGUACAUGAGAUAUUACAACGAUUAUGGUGACAUCAUCAAGGAGACCAUGAGUAAGACUCGACAAAUCGACAAGAUCCAGUGUGCCAAGACGUUGAUUCUGAGUCUGCAGCAGCUGUUUAACGAAAUGCUGUCUGAACUCGGUCACGGGUUCGACCGCUCCUCCUCCGCAUUCUGCGGWAUCAAAGAGUUGGCGCGCCGGUUCUCCCUGACCUUCGGCCUCGACCAAGUGAAAACCCGAGACGCCAUCGCCAUGCUCCACAAGGACGGUAUAGAGUUUGCGUUCAAGGAGCCCAGUCCUCAGGGAGAGGGAGGCCCUCCCCUCAAUUUGGCCUUCUUGGACAUCCUCAGCGAGUUCUCCUCCAAGCUGAUGAGACAAGACAAGAGGACUGUCCACAUGUACCUAGAGCGCUUCAUGACGUUCCAGAUGGCUCUGCAGCGAGAGGACUGCUGGCUUCCGCUAAUCUCCUACAGGAACUCGCUGCAGGCGGGCGGCGACGACGACACCAUGUCGGUGAUGAGCGGCUACUCCAGCCGGGGCUCCUCGGUCCGCUCCAAGAAGGUGAAGCCCCCGGCGGUGACGGCCGGAACRUCGGCGGCAAAGAGGAAGCUGCCAGAAGAGGAGAGCAGCAGCGGCGACGUCUGGCAGCAGAGCAUUCAGACCCCCGUCAUGUUGCCUUCGCCUCAUCUCACCUCCACUGCCAUGCGGGACCCCAAGAGGGGGCGGGACGACAGCUACAUGGGGGUCUACGCGCUCCCCCACGAGCAGCAGCCGCCGCCCCAUCCUCACCCACACCAACAGCACCAUCCGCAGACGCCUCAGCACCACCAGACUCCCAUGGAUUACAAUUCCCAGGUGACGUGGAUGCUGGCCCAGAGGCAGCAGGAAGAGGCGCGCCAGCAGCAAGAGAGAGCCAUGAACUACGCGAAGCUCAGGACCAAUCUGCAGCACGCCAUCAGUCGGCGCGGCACCGGGCUCAUGGAGGAGGAUGAAGAGCCCAUUGUGGAGGACGUGAUGAUGUCAUCGGAGGGGCGGAUGGACGACCUCAACGAAGGCAUGGACUUUGACACCAUGGACAUCGAUCUGCCGCCGUCUAAGAACCGCCGUGAGAGGUCUGAGCUCAAGCCGGACUACUUUGACCCCGCUUCUAUCAUGGAUGAAUCGGUAAACUUUUAAGUUUUUUUUUUUUUUUGUUGUUUUUUUUGUUUUUUGUUCCCCUCCCAUCCUCUCCAGACUGUGUUUUAUUUAUCGCUUGGCAAACAAAUCCCAGUAUUUUCAUUAUGCGAAGCAGAAAUUAGGGGCUUGUAAACGAGAAGUUUGAUUGGACAACGUUCAGCGGAGUGGAGUCGUUUUUUUUGGCCACACUCCCGGCGCUGAGCAAUGUCUUGUGAAACUUUGCGAAAGGUUCAUUUGACCAGCUGGUGGCCAAGUGUAACAUUAUUGGGCCCUCUCGGUGCUGCGAUUAAUGCUAGUGUAAACAACCUACAGACUGCAAGACCGGCCCCUGAAAUGCUCCUUUCAGCUGGCAGAAAGGGAACAUGGGGACUUAAUGUAGAGGUUUUUGUUUGUUUGUCUGUUUGUUUCAACUAAAACUGGGGCUUUAAAAAUCAAAUCAGCAAACGGGUUCACUUUGCUUCAGUUUUUCCAUCUGUUGUGGCUGCCAAAAGAAAAGGGGGAGGUUAUAUUUUAUUUUUUUAAGCACAAAUUGAAUGUAAUCUGUUUAGAGGGGCACAAAAGAGAAAGAAACAAACUUUAACUAAGACAAACUUUUUGCCGGUUGCAAUCAUGAAAACAUUGCGGUAUCGUUCCUCUAAAGUCAUUACUACUUUUUCUUGUGUAGUUUUGGGUUUUCAAAAACUAACGGUGGGUUGCCGGCUUUAACCCUAGAAGGACUCCGACAACUUUUGCCAGUCUGAUCAGAAGUUCAGAGAAAAUCGCAUUUAACCGUGUAUCUACAACUUGUUUUUUGCUUAUUUGUGGCAGAGCUGCUGAAUAUGUAGUGUCUAGCAAAAGUUUGUUUCAGGCCACGAACUUCAUUGUGUUUUCUCAAGGUUUUAUGUGACUUGCAAACAUAAAGUGGGGCAUCAUAUAGAAACACAAGGAUGCCUGGUUUUCAAAAUUUAUUUGCCAACAUUUGAUGAUGCUAAUAUGCUUUGAUAUUUAGGGCCCUUUUACUCUGGUGGCUCAAAAUAAAAAUCCAACAAGUGGAGUUUCUGAAGCAACCAAAAUAGACUUUUGUGUCAGAGAGGCUCUUUGGAAGUGAUGGGAAGAAGAUGAAUCCAGGGCCUSGAUGGAGGCAGAGGUUGCAGUUUAAUUUUUAAAUAGUUUUUAUUUCUCUCUUACUCGUGCUAUAAUUUUCGUCAUAUCUCUCGCUAAGUUUAUGUCAGGUUUUGUGCAUCUUAAAAAAAAAAAAAUCCUGACUGUCUGUAUCCUACAUUUUUUUGUAAGCCUGUUAAAAUGGCCUAGUUAAAGUUCAGGCUGCAAUCAAAUUGAGAAUCCAUGGCGCGGUAAAAAAAAACAAAAAAACGUUCAGAUGAAUGUUCUCCAAUGAAGAACAACCCUGAGAAUCCUCUUCAUAAGACCACAGUCUUCAGUCUGAGGCUUCUUCAGUCGCUGUGAGACAGACGGCUACAGGAGAGAUGUUUUCAGCAUCUACAACAACAAUUUGAAAAAAGUUACAUUUGAUAUCAGUGUUUUUUUCUUUUUUUAAUGUAUUUGGUCUAUUUUGGAAAGAAAAAUGGAACAUUUGUUUCCUCUUCCUUCUAAUUGUAAUCUACUUUGAGUUGGUAUGUCACAUAAAACACAAUCACAUUUGUGGUUGCAACAAUAUAGUUACAAAAAACCU